AUGUUGGAACAACAUUUGCGGCCGAAUGCGAUCAGCUAUAAUGCUGGAAUCAGCGCGUUAGCCAAUGAUGGGGAGUGGCAGCAGGCCUUGUCGCUGCUGGGCCGCAUGUGGCAGUCGAGUCUGAGGCCAGACCUGAUCAGCUACAGCGCAGGAGUCGUCGCCUGCGUGAAGGAGGGUCAGUGGCAGUGGGCGCUGCUGCUUCUGCGCGAGGGGCGAGGGGCCACAGCAGGGACGGCCGUCGUCUGCUACGGCGCUGCGAUCCGCGCGUGCGCGGCGGCCUCGGAGUGGCAGCAGGCGCUGUCGGUGCUGCGCGAGCUGCGGCUCGCGAGGCUGCAGCCGGACGUCGCCGCCUUCUCCGCGGGAGCGAGCGCCUGCGAGAAGGGUGGGCAGUGGGAGCAGGCGCUGGCGCUGCUCGGGGAGAUGCGGGAGGCGCGGCUGAAGGCAGAUGUAAUCACUGCUCCGCCGGGGUCAGCGCGUGCAAGGAAGGCGGGCAGUGGCAGCAGGCUCUGUGGCUGCUCAGGGAGAUGCGGGAUGUGA